AUUAUUCUGUACCUGCUGACUAUGUUUGUUUUUUAUAGUAUAAGGUAUGCUCCUCGAACUUCUCAAAUAAAAAAAAAACUAACUGGUUUUGUAACAGACCGCUUGAUCCGCCACAGGAAAUGAGUAGAACAAUGGCUGGGUUAAAAAUGGAGUUGACUGAUUCACUCACCGUUAAGCCACUUAUAACUGGUUGGGAAAAUGAUUUUGAUGACGUUUUGUCGGAAUUAUCUUCCAGUUCUCCUCUAAUAUGUUGCACACCUCCUACCGACCCAAGUGAGAAUGAAUGUUUUAUACCGAAUAGAGUAGUAAAUGAGGAAUGUUCAGUAGAUAAGAAUGAGAGUUUCGAUGAUCAUUUACCUUCACACUCAACAAAUACAACCGAUGAUCCUGAUUACUCUCCUUCUAAGGAAUCUAUUGAAUUGGAAGAGUCUUCAGGAUUUGAUGAUCUUUCUGAUGAGAAGGAAUUGCAGAGCUUUGAAAGGCCUCAGAAUGAAAACAAAGAAAACCUCGGAUCUACAAUUAAUGAAGUUUCUACCAGUACAUCACCUACUAGGAUAUGAGGUCUUCAAAUGAAAAAAAAUUCCGUGUUUUGUUACUUUUGUGAAUCUUACGUAAUACAUUUCCCCAGGCACUUAUUUAAGAAUCACGCGAGUGAAAUGGAGGUACGGAGUAUCCAAGCGCUACCUACACGUAGUAAAGAUAGGUAUAAUUUACUAUUAGAUUUAAGAAAAAAGGUGAAUAAUAUAUAUAAUAUAAAUAGCAACGAAUUUGCAAAGCCGGUACGACAGGGUAAACUGGAUUCAAAUUACCUACCUUCCACAUACUGCUUUGGAUUCUAUUCUACAAGGAAUUUAUGGUGACACCGUAAAUAUUGCGGUGAAAAUCCGUGUAAGGGAAAAUCACAAAAAAAUUUCCGAGGCGAGGGGCAAAACUUAUUGCUCGGGCAUUUGAGAACAGAUCCACAUUUAGCAUCUGCUGUAUUUUCUCGAAUGAGAGCAGAUCACAUUUCACUUGUAGCAAAAAAGGAUGUUCUCAUAUGUGCCUUUGGUUCAAGAUACUUGAAAAUUCACAGAGGGAAACACUUCAUUACAGUUGCAUCACGAAAAAUGAGAGAACCAGCAAGACUCUUGAUAGAAGUUAGGAAAAUUAAACCCGCUGUAUUAACACUUUUUAAUGCCCUAAAACCGGUAAACUAUGAUACUCUUGUUUCUGCCACACAAAAUGCCUCAAAAUAUGACAAAAAAGACCCAGUGAUAUCAAGCACCUACGUUUGCUCUCAAUAUGGGUACCAUGUUGAAACAAUGCUGUGACA